UCUUGCAGACCGGUACCAUUAGCGUCUAGUGUCUAAUUAACAAUGUAUCAUCUACUCGCUGCAAGCCUUCUGAUUAUCAGUCAGAUACAUUAUAUCGAGCUCGCACCCACGGAAAAUUAUCCUUAUUCCGAGGCGCUGGCGAGCAACUAUAAGUUGUACUGGAAAUACAAUGCCACGCAUAUAACGUUCGAGACACACGUGCAAACUCACGGAUCAGUGGGAUUUGGAAUAUCAAAGACUGGCUUAAUGUUCCCUGCGGACGUCGUUGUUGGGUUCGUUUCUAAUAAUCAAGGCACGCUUUAUGAUAGGCACACAAUAGCACACGUCCCUCCAAUCAUGGACAAAUCUCAAGAUUGGGUGUUGCUUGAAUCAAUGCAAACUGGGAAUGACACGGUGCUGAAGUUCUCUCGAGCUCUGGACACAAACGACAGCGAAGAUGUUCCCAUUAAGGCUGGUGUCACACAUGUUAUAUGGGACUUUACAAAGACCGUCCCACAGCCGCCAACUCAGGUUGUUUACCACGGCACGAACCGCGGCAGCAAAGAUAUCACACUCAUAAACAGCGGUGGUGUUCCAGUGGGAAAAUGAAAUCUCCGAUACUUGUUAUCAACAAUAAAUAUUUUGUUUAAGUGACUGAAAGUUAUACAUCAUGAAUAAGAAUAAAACUUUUAAGAUUGUUUGGUAUUCUGAAAUACAUAAAAUACAUAGACAACGGGUUUGAUCUCUUACUCUCAUUGACUUCUUUUCUUUAUGUGACCGUCUUAUCAUAAUAAACUUAGAAUGUGA